CGGACGCGAUACUGCGCUGCGGCCGGGCUGACCUGCCUGCGUCCAGCCCCGCGCCCUGGGCCUGCCUGGGUCUGGGUCUGGGUCUGGGUCCGAGUCUGGGUCUGGCCCUGCGCUCCGGGCCCGCGGAGGCGACUAUGGACUCCGCCGGGCGCGCCCGGGGCCAAGGGGCCACAGCAGGGGGGCGUCUGCUCCGGGCUGCUGCGGCCGCCAAGGGUCUCAGGGAAGACCUGUGGGGCGCGGCCGCCCUGCCUUGGAGGAGCCUGUCCCGGAUCCCAAAGCGGGAGGGGCUUGGAGAGGAGGACACAGCAGUUGCCGGACACGAGCUCCUACUCCCAAAUGAGAGAAGCUUUCAGAAUGCUGCUAAAAGCAAUAAUUUGGAUCUUAUGGAGAAACUGUUUGAAAAGAAGGUUAACAUUAAUGCUGUGAACAAUAUGAACCGCACAGCCCUGCAUUUUGCAGUGGGGAGAAAUCAUUUAUCUGCAGUGGAUUUCUUGCUUAAACACAAGGCCAGGGUGGAUGUUGCUGAUAAGCACGGCUUGACAGUAAUUCACCUUGCAGCCUGGUCUGGGAGCCUUGAGGUCAUGCUCAUGCUGGUUAAAGCUGGAGCAGACCAGAGAGCCAAGAAUCAGGAUGGAAUGAAUGCCCUCCACUUUGCUGCUCAGAGCAAUCAUGUGCGCAUCGUGGAGUAUCUUAUUCAAGAUCUGCACCUCAAGGACCUGAACCAGCCUGAUGAGAAAGGAAGAAAACCAUUUCUUUUGGCAGCUGAGAGGGGCCAUGUUGAAAUGAUAGAAAAACUUACCUUCCUAAACCUGCAUACUUCAGAAAAGGACAAGGAGGGAAACACUGCCUUGCACCUCGCUGCGAAGCAUGGUCACAGUCCUGCAGUGCAGGUGCUGCUAACCCAGUGGCAAGAUAUAAAUGAGAUGAAUGAGCUCAAUAUCAGUAGUUUGCAGAUAGCAACCAGGAACGGCCAUGCAUCCCUUGUCAACUUCCUUCUCAGUGAGAACGUUGAUCUGCACCAGAAAGUGGAACCUAAGGAGUCCCCUCUUCAUUUAGCUGUUAUCAACAAUCACAUCACGGUUGUAAACAGUUUAUUAAGCGCACAGCAUGAUAUUGACAUCUUAAAUCAGAAGCAGCAAACCCCUCUGCAUGUAGCUGCUGAUCGUGGAAAUGUGGAACUGGUGGAAACCCUGCUGAAGGCGGGCUGUGACUUGAAGGCUGUUGACAAGCAAGGAAAGACUGCCCUGGCUGUGGCCUCCAGGAGCAACCAUAGCCUUGUGGUGGACAUGCUCAUUAAAGCAGAGAGAUACUACGCCUGGAGAGAGGAACAUCAUGAGAGCAUCAGGGACCCAUCAACAAGCUUUACUCUGACAUUCAAGCAAGAUCACAGUCCAGAGACCAGACAUAUUCGCACGCUUCUCUGGGACCUGGCUUACCAUCAGCUGAAGGCCAAUGAGUGGCAGAGGCUGGCCCGUUCGUGGAACUUUACAGAUGACCAGAUUAGAGCCAUCGAGGAGCAGUGGUCGGGACAUGAAAGCUUCCGUGAACAUGGCCACAGGGCUCUGCUAAUCUGGCUACACGGGACCCUGAUGACUCGGGUUGACCCGGCCAAGCACCUGUAUGAAGAGCUGGUACGCGCAGGUUUCCCAAAACUAGCUGAAAAGACUCGUCAUUUCAAAAGCAAAACUGACUCAAACUCCAAGAAAUGUGUAGUUUCAUAAAUGCCUAAAGAAAUUGUAUUUACAUGAUUUUCCACUCAGCACUUAGUUCUUUUAAUGCCAUAAAUUUCUUCUAGCAGUAGCACUGAUUUUCAACUAUGAUGAUGGUGGUGACAGGGUAUUCUAACAGAUGAAAGAAGAGUAAUUCCAUGAUACUUUUCAACCACUAAAAAGUCAAAUAUAGGUUUUUCUGCUGAAGGCAAGUUGUAUAUGAUUUUCCCAUUUCUGUCAUUUGAUGUAACACAUGUAAUAAGAUAAUCUAGGAGGGUUUUGUAUGUCAUGUUUUUUAAAAAAACUCAUGGGAGCAGCAUCACGGUACAGUAAAAAAACAACAGUUUUUACAGUAGACAAAUAUGGUUCUGAACUUGGUUUUGCCACUUAUUAGAUGUGAACCUUUGAGCAUGUUAAUGUUGUUUAAGUUCUUAGAUCUUCAGUUUCCUUCUCUAUAAACUGGGAGAAAUGUCUAUUUAAUCCAUAGGGUUGGAAUGAAGAUGAAGGGAAAAUGCCUGUGAAAUGCCUAGCCUCAUGACCAUAGUACGGAAAUCAACUGUUAUUUCUCUUUCAGUAAGAGAAACUGGGUUUGGAAUUUAGUCACUGUUGACUUUAAAUCACACAUUUUGUGUAAUAUAUUACUUAGGAAAGACCAGAAGUAUGUACACCAAUUUUUUUUUUUAAAUCUCUUGGUGAUAUAAUUACAGAUGAUUAUUUUCUUUGUACUUCUGGGUACAGUCCAUUCUUUUUUUCACAAUAAACAUGCAUUAUUUUUAUAAUCUAAGAGUUAUGAGAUAAAUGUAAAAUUGAGUAUCA